CCUUCCCCAGCGCCCUGUCGCCACCGGGGGUGUCUUUUUGCUGCCGCCGCCGCAGAAGCACGAAUCGAGCGGCGCGAGCGUGACUGAGGGGCCCAAGCACGGGCGGCGGCGCCUCCCGCGGGUACCCGGCCGCGCGGCGCCUGGGCCCGCCCCCUCGGCUCCGCCGCCCGCCCUUCUCCGAUGGCCUCUCCCCCCGGCCCGAGCCGAACGCCGCCGCCGCCGCCGCCGCCGCGGCCCCCGCGCCCGCCCCGCGCCGCGUGAAGCGGGAGCCCAGAGGCCGGAGCCGCCCCGGGGACGUGGCCAACGCCGGAGCCGCUAGCCGCUGCCUGUCCGGGCCCGCAGCCGCCGCCGCCCGCGCCGGGACCCCGAGGAGAGCCGGACGCGAACAGGAGGCCGGGCGCGCCGCCGGCCCGGGGCCCGUCCGUCCGUCCGUCCGUGCGCGCGCGGCCGGGCCUCGGGGCGCGGCGGGGGCGGGGCCGCGGCGGGGCGGGCUGCGCGGGCCCCGCGGGGGCGGCGCGUGGAUGGAUCCGCGCGUGGCCUGGAUCCAGCCGGAGCAGAAGGGGCCGGCCAAUGCCCUGUGGAUGCAGAUCUGGGAGACCUCGCAGGGCGUGGGCCGCGGCGGCUCGGGCUUCGCGUCCUACUUCUGCCUCAACUCGCCGGCGCUGGACACGGCGGCCGCGGCGGGGGCGGCCGGGCGGGGCGGCGGCGGCAGCGGCGGGGGCCUGGGCUCCGCGCUGCCCGCCGCGUCGCCCCCGCCGCCCGCCCCCGGCCCCGCUGCUCCCCCAGCGCUGCUGACGGCGCUCGGGCCCGCGGCCGAGGGCGCGCGACGCCUGCACAAGUCGCCGUCGCUGUCGUCGUCCUCGUCGUCCUCGUCCAACGCCGAGUCGGGCACUGAGAGCCCCGGCUGCUCGUCGUCAUCCUCCAGCAGCGCCUCGCUGGGCCGGCCGGGCGGCGGCCGCGGCAGCGCCUUCUUCAACUUCGCCGACGGCGCGCCCAGCGCCCCUGGCGCGGCUAACGGGCACCCCGGGCCGCGUGGCCCCGCGCCCGCCGGCUCCCCGCCGCAGCACCAGUUCCACCCCGGCCGCCGGAAACGCGAGAACAAGGCCAGCACGUACGGCCUCAACUACCUGCUGUCCGGCAGCCGCGCGGCCGCGCUGAGCGGAGGGGGCGGCCCCGGGGCCCAGGCGCCGCGGCCCGGCACCCCGUGGAAGAGCCGCACGUACAGCCCGGGCAUCCAGGGACUUCAUGAGGAAAUAAUUGACUUUUACAACUUCAUGUCCCCUUGUCCUGAAGAAGCAGCUAUGAGAAGAGAGGUGGUGAAACGGAUCGAAACUGUGGUUAAAGAUCUUUGGCCAGCGGCUGAAGUACAGAUAUUUGGCAGCUUUAGCACAGGUCUCUAUCUUCCAACCAGUGACAUAGAUCUGGUGGUCUUUGGGAAGUGGGACCGUCCUCCUUUACAACUGUUGGAGCAGGCCCUGAGGAAGCACAACGUGGCUGAGCCAUGUUCCAUCAAAGUCUUGGACAAAGCUACGGUACCAAUAAUAAAACUCACAGAUCAGGAGACUGAAGUUAAAGUCGACAUCAGCUUUAACAUGGAGACUGGUGUCCGGGCAGCAGAGUUCAUCAAGAAUUACAUGAAGAAAUAUUCAUUGCUGCCUUACUUGAUUUUAGUAUUGAAACAGUUCCUUCUGCAGAGGGACCUGAAUGAAGUUUUUACAGGCGGAAUUAGCUCAUACAGCCUCAUUUUAAUGGCCAUUAGCUUUCUGCAGUUGCAUCCAAGAAUUGAUGCCCGGAGAGCUGAUGAAAACCUUGGAAUGCUUCUCGUAGAAUUUUUUGAACUCUAUGGAAGAAAUUUUAAUUACUUGAAAACUGGUAUUAGAAUAAAAGAAGGAGGUGCCUAUAUUGCCAAAGAAGAGAUCAUGAAAGCCAUGACCAGUGGGUACCGCCCAUCGAUGCUGUGCAUUGAGGACCCCCUGCUGCCUGGGAAUGAUGUGGGCCGGAGCUCCUAUGGGGCCAUGCAGGUGAAGCAAGUUUUUGAUUACGCCUACAUCGUCCUCAGCCACGCCGUGUCGCCACUCGCCAGGUCCUACCCAAACAGGGACUCUGAGAGCACUUUAGGGAGGAUCGUCAAGGUGACACAGGAAGUGAUUGACUACCGGCAGUGGAUCAAGCAGAAGUGGGGCAGCAGGAUCCUCCCAUCCCCGGGGCUGGACAACAGACUCAAGAUAAAAGAGCGGCUAACCACGUGCAACGGGGAACAGACCCCGAGCCGAGAGCCCGAGUCGCCCUACGGCCAGCGUCUGACCUUGUCCCUCUCCAGUCCCCAGCUGCUGUCCUCAGGCUCAUCUGCUUCUUCUGUGUCGUCACUUUCGGGGAGUGAUGUUGAUUCGGACACACCGCCCUGCACAGCGCCCAGUGUUUACCAGUUCAGUCUACAGGCACCCACCCCUCUGAUGGCCGGCUUGCCCACUGCCUUGCCUGUGCCCAGUGGCAAGCCCCAGUCCACCACGUCCCGAACACUGAUCAUGACGACAAACAAUCAGACCAGGUUCACUAUACCUCCACCGACCCUAGGAGUUGCCCCUGUUCCUUGCAGACAGGCUGGUGUGGAAGGAACUGCAUCCUUGAAAGCCAUCCACCACAUGUCUUCCCCGGCCCUUCCCUCCGCAUCCCCCAACCCGCUGUCCAGCCCUCACCUGUAUCAUAAGCAGCACAACGGCAUGAAACUGUCCAUGAAGGGCUCUCACGGCCACACCCAGGGCGGCAGCUACAGCUCCGUGGGCAGCGGGGGUGUGCGGCCUCCCGUGGGCAACCGUGGACAUCACCAGUAUAACCGCACUGGCUGGAGGAGGAAAAAACACACACACACGCGGGACAGCCUGCCCGUGAGUCUCAGCAGAUAAUGGCUCCUGGCUGUGCUGGCCUCCCUCACCCCUUCCACAGACUGAAGCUGCUGUGGGCACCGGCAGGGAGCCAAGCCCAGCACCCAGCACAUCAGCCGGGCAGUGGCCCCGCCGUGGGUCACUCUGCAUGUCUCUCUGUGUGGUGGUCACGUCCAUCUUAAAGAACAGCGCGUCGUGCUCAUCUGUGAAGCCUUAUUAAACGUGGACGUUGUUUCUGCCUUCCCAGGAUCCCUCAUUCAGUGCCGAGGCAGGUCGGGCUCUGGAGCUGCGGGACGGGGACGUGUGCUCGCAGUUCCGCAGCGGCCACGACUGUUCCGUUGCUGUUUUGUGUUUUUGUUUCCUGUCUGUCAAAGCAGCAGAGGAGACCAGACCCUGUUGGUGUCUUCCCUCCAUGGACAGGCCUGGGAGGUCAUCGUUUUACUGCCCUCAUGUUGUGUUUGAAAUUUCAGAACUGUUUUUCUAUGUAAAUAUUGAAAACUUAUGAUUUGUGCAAUAACUCAGAUAUUUUUUAUUUAAUUUCAUAUUUUCACAUAAGUUAUAUUUAAGGGAGGAGGGAAUUUUUUUAAACAAGCUUAGAUCCUUUCCCGAGUUGCAUUUUCUAAGUUGGGUUCAUCGUGUUGGCUGGUUGUCUGAGGAGCAUCGUUACAAAUACCAUGAAGGGGGGCUUGGGGGUUUUAUUUUUAUGUCUUUUCUUUUGGUCAGAUGUGAGUGAAGGAACCGAGCGGCCCUGCAGUGUCCUCUGGGCUCUGCUCUGAAGCCGCUGGACAGUCUGCUGGGGGCCCUGCCUUUGGGCCCCAGGCUGUCAUCUUGCUCUGACUGCUGAGUUUUAACGUUUUUGUUUUUGGUUCUUUUAAACUAGACAACAAAUCCAGCAUUUGAAGUGCCAGAAGAAUAACUUUCUAAAGGGAGAAGAGGUGGUCACAUUAUAAAAUCUUAACAAAAAUGUGAACUUGGAAAUGCUUCAGUCAGUUUUCGUAACAUAGCCUGUAAUGAUGGGUCUGGUGAAUAUCAUUAUGGACCAUGGUACCCAGUUUUAGGAAUGUGGAGAAAGGAAUUCCGUUGAUUCCAUUGGGAAUCUGUAUAGCAGUAUGCAUUCGUUCUGUUAAGAGCAAACAUAGGAGAAGUCCUUCAGCUGCUCAGUGUGCCGCGGGGAGUAUUUUUAAUGUACUGCAGGAGAGCACAGCCCAGCGUGGGGGCCGGAGCGGCUGGUGCCCGACGUCGGAAGCAUACAGGUAUACUAUGCAAGUGUUCUGCCACAACAACCACUGUCUUUGUUACCUUUUUUUGAACAAAAGUAUAUCCAUCCUGCCUAACCCUGAGCUUUCGGAGCACCACAGUUGUCCUGGGAUUUGGUUGCAUCUUGUAGGCCAUCUGACUUCCCGUUUUUAAAGUUGGGGGUUCUGGUCCUGCUAAACACUGUAGGUAGGUUGGUCUUUGAAGUCCACUAGUGGAGAACGUUGAGACGAGAAACUUGUCACCAUAACACCUGAUGGAUGUGCAGCAGUGGGGAGUUCUAGAUUGAUGUCUGAUGUGUUGGACACCCAGCAAGGACAAGCUCUAAGUUGUCUGCGGUCGGCCCUUCUGAAGCAGGACUGCCCACGCUGUCGUCUGGAGCUACUGGCCGUGACGGCGGGUUCUCUCGGAGGCAUUCCAGGAUAGAGUAGCACAUUGUGUCUGCAGUUCUUGAUGAUCGAAAGUUAUCAAAAAUAUUUAAAAAUAUUUAAAUUGUGAACCUAUUGAUAAAGAAUAUUUAUGAAAACUGAUCUGUAGGCCUGUACUAAUCUCUACACAUUAGCAAUAUUGACUGUAAACCUACAUUAAGGAAACCACUACAGGGACAGCGGUGAGUGUCCCGUGGGGUGUGCAUUUUAAAGCUCGAUUUGUAGACGCAGGUACCAUGUUCCAUUAACGUCAUGGUGAACCAAAUGAAUUGGCCUGGCUACCACUGUGGUCUUGUGCUACAGGUUCAACAAAAGAUAUCAUGUCAAUUUUUUUUGUGUGGACAACAAUGUGGAAGCUAAAAUUCACAUAUUUUUAUGUAAAGUUUUUCUAUUCUUUGAUUUUUAAUAAACUUUGCAAACCA